UGGAAGAACAGCAGCUUUUGCCCAUGGAGUUAAUGGACAGGAAGAAGAGAUACUUCUAUUAGUUUAUAUCAUUCUCCAGUUCCCAGACUGAUAAAUCACAACUCAUCACCUUUCCCUAAACUUUCCACCUUCUCCUACAGCUCCCAAACAUACGUUAUUGGAUAUUGCCUGAAUGACAGAGACAACAGGAUUUUCAGUCCUCCUUGGAGGGGAUCUCAGAAAGAUAUGGGACCGCCACCUUCGCCCAGAGCACUUUUCUUUUUCAUCCUAUUGCAUAGGGGAGUUGAGGCCCAGCAGAAUACUCAGCCUCAUUCGAUUAAGAUAGAUGGGGACAUCACUUUAGGAGGCCUGUUUCCGGUCCAUGCAAAAGGACCUGCUGGAGUCCCUUGUGGAGAAAUAAAGAAGGAAGCUGGGAUUCAUCGAAUGGAAGCUAUGCUAUAUGCGCUGGAUCAAAUUAAUGGGGAUCCCGAACUCCUUCCUAAUCUGACACUAGGGGCGCGUAUUUUAGACACAUGCUCUCGGGACACCUAUGCUCUGGAACAGUCACUUACAUUUGUUCAAGCUCUGAUCCAAAAGGACACCUCUGACAUUCGGUGUUCCAAUGGAGAACCUGCCAUCCUCAGCCGUCCAGAGAAAGUUGUUGGAGUUAUCGGAGCCUCUGCCAGUUCAGUCUCCAUCAUGGUGGCCAAUGUGCUGAGACUGUUUGCCAUUCCACAAAUAAGUUAUGCCUCCACCGCCCCAGAGCUCAGUGACAAUAACCGAUAUGAUUUCUUUUCCCGUGUGGUGCCGCCUGACUCCUAUCAGGCACAAGCCAUGGUGGACAUUGUUAAGGCCCUUGGAUGGAACUAUGUGUCCACUCUGGCAUCCGAAGGCAACUAUGGGGAAAGCGGAGUAGAAGCCUUUGUACAGAUCUCUCGUGAAGCUGGGGGUGUUUGUAUUGCUCAGUCUAUCAAAAUUCCACGGGAGCCUCGUCCCGGAGAGUUUGAUAAAGUGAUACGACGGCUGAUGGAGACGCCUAAUGCCAGAGGCAUCAUUAUUUUUGCCAAUGAGGAUGACAUCAAACGUGUCUUAGAGGCAGCCCACCGUGCCAAUCAGACUGGCCAUUUUUUGUGGGUGGGUUCAGACAGCUGGGGGUCCAAGACAUCUCCUAUUCUGGGUCUGGAAGAAGUAGCUGAAGGCGCGGUGACUAUUCUGCCAAAAAGAGCGUCUAUUGAUGGAUUUGAUCAGUAUUUUAUCAGUCGUACACUGGAAAACAAUCGACGCAAUAUAUGGUUUGCAGAAUUUUGGGAAGAUGAUUUUAAAUGUAAAUUGACCCGAUCUGCUCAACCAGAAGAGACCAGGAGAAAGUGCACUGGAGAAGAGAGGAUCGCCAGAGACUCCAUUUAUGAACAAGAGGGAAAAGUCCAGUUUGUCAUUGAUGCCGUGUAUGCCAUGGCAUAUGCCUUACACAAUAUGCACGUUGACCUUUGUCCUGGAAGCCUUGGGGUUUGUGAGAGGAUGGAUCCUAUGGAUGGACGGCUACUCUUACAGUACAUCCGCAGAGUUAAUUUUAAUGGAAGUGCUGGAACACCUGUGAUGUUCAAUGAAAAUGGGGAUGCGCCGGGGCGCUAUGACAUUUUCCAGUAUCAGAUGACAAACACUUCUGCUCCAUCCUACAGAGUCAUUGGACAGUGGACAGAGUAUUUACGGAUCAAUAUUGAAGAGAUGCAGUGGUAUGGCGGGCAGUCAGAGAUCCCAUCGUCUGUCUGUAGCCUUCCCUGUCAACCUGGAGAGCGAAAAAAGAUGGUGAAGGGAGUGCCAUGUUGCUGGCAUUGUGAGCUAUGUGAUGGGUACCAAUUCCAGCUGGAUGACUUCAACUGUCAAGCUUGUCCCUUUGACAUGAGGCCAAAUCUGAACCGAACUGCCUGCCGUCCAACGCCAAUUGUCAAACUGGAAUGGCAUUCUGCCUGGGCAGUUCUGCCUCUUUUUUUGUCUAUUUUGGGCAUACUCAGUACCCUCUUUGUGGUGGGAACCCUGAUACGUUUUAAUGACACUCCAAUCGUAAGGGCAUCUGGCCGAGAAUUAAGUUACGUUUUGCUAACAGGAAUCUUCUUUAUGUAUGCAAUUACCUUCCUGAUGAUGGCAGAGCCUGGCGUAGCCGUUUGUGCCCUUCGGCGGCUCUUCCUGGGUCUAGGCAUGUGUAUUUCAUAUGCUGCACUGCUGACCAAGACCAACAGGAUCUACCGCAUCUUUGAACAAGGAAAGCGUUCAGUGACUCCUCCUCGUUUCAUUAGUCCGGCAUCUCAGUUGGUCAUCACUUUCAGUCUUAUUUGUGUGCAGCUGGUGGGAACAGCGGUGUGGUUGGCCGUUUUGCCCCCACACAGUGUAAUUGACUAUGAAGAACAGAGGACACCCAACCCCGAGCUAGCCAGGGGUGUAUUAAAAUGUGACAUGUCUGAUCUGUCACUUGUUAGCUGUCUAAUGUACUCAAUCCUACUGAUGGUCACCUGUACUAUAUAUGCAGUGAAGGCCCGUGGGGUGCCUGAGAACUUCAAUGAGGCUAAGCCUAUUGGUUUCACUAUGUAUACAACAUGUAUUGUAUGGCUGGCAUUUGUCCCCAUCUUCUUUGGCACUGCACAGUCUGCUGAGAAGAUCUAUAUCCAGACUACCACGCUGACAGUGUCGAUGAGUCUGAGUGCAUCCGUCUCGCUGGGAAUGCUGUACGUGCCCAAGGUUUAUGUCAUCCUCUUCCAUCCUGAGCAGAAUGUGCAGAAACGUAAGCGAAGCUUCAAAGCUGUGGCAACAGCAGCAACUAUGUCCACCCGUCUGUCUCAGAAAAAUGCUGAGCGUCAGAAUGGAGAGAGCAAACCUCCUGAAAAAAGCCUACCUGAGAGCAAAGGCUAAAGGUAAAUGACGGGUCACACGCCUUCUCCGAUGCUGUUUUGGGAAUUAAGUCGGUAGCACAGGAUUCACCGGGGCUACACUACAGGACCUGAACGUCAGCUCAUCCAGGUACAUAAAAAGACGGGGAUCCCUCAGGAGCGCUCGUCAAGGUGGCAGAACGCAAAUGAACCUCGAAAAAAACACUCCAUUGAGAGCUCUGCAGAGCAUUACUUAACGCGGCUCGUCUUGACAGAGCUGUGCACAGCAAUUAAGCCUCUCCUGAUAAAUCUAUGCACGGCACCACUUGAUAUUUCUCCCCGCCAGCCUCCUCAUCAUACCCUUCACCUGUCAACUUCCCGUGUAGUGUCGCUAAACCCCCUUCCCUACCAAAAACCCUAUUAUAUUCCUUUCUAAUUAAACAAAAAAAAUGCAUUAAAUCACUUAAUCCUUCUCUUUUGAGAAUACCGCACAGAUUCAUUUGCACGCUUUUCCCCGGCAAGCAUGUAGAAAAUAAAUCUAAGAGCAUUGCCCCUCCAAAAAAAUAUAAUCACCGGUGAAUACUGAUUUCUUUCAAGCUGCAAAAUUGCGCUAUUUUCUGGGAAACCUUGGUGACAACCUUCAUCAUCGUCCUUUUAGGUAACAUAGGUUUUCUAACAAGAUUUUAUAGCACUGUUCGCCCAAACCAGUGGCCCUCCAGCUGGCGCAACCUUCCGCCGUCAGGGCAUGAUAGGAUUUGCAGUUUUGUAACAGCUGCAGAGCAGCAGAUUGGACAAUACUGGUUUAUAGGAAUCUUAAAACGUACCUCUAAUUCAGUGUUUCCCAGCCAGUGAGCCUCCCAGGGCUGUGGAGUCGGAGUCGAGGAGUCUGAGUCGGACAAAAUUUUGGGUACCUGGAGUCGGAGUCGGCAAAAAAAUGACUCCUACUAAAUUUAGAUUGGAAUUUAAAAAAAAAAAAAAAAAAAGCAAGUUUAAAUGUCCCAAUUCACAAAAAGUUAUAAUUAUUGACUUCUCUACUGUAAGAAUAAAGACCAAUGCAUGCAGGGCAUCACGUAACCGCAAAACGAACACGUUAAGUGACCGUCAAGAAGCAUGCUUUUCAUGUGCUUCACUAUAUGGCACGCAACGCACAAUUAGGAGCGGCAAUACUUCUACUUUCCAUAGUGUUGUGUUCUGCUGUUACAGGGAACCCAUGGGUAACCGAGCCUCUCACUGAUAAGGGAUUAAGUAAAUAUGUUUUUUGCAGGACUAGAGACACUUGUAUAAGUGAAGGGAAUGGAGGGUCAAUAGUUCAAGACUGAAGCUGUAAACCAUUGGAAAAACUGCUGCCAUUCAGCUAAGGCUAUAAAAACUUAUAAACUCUGAUUGUUAGCUUAAACUUUAACAUGACUAUGGGAUUCUACUAGGGAAAUCAUGUUUUAUGAUAAAUGCCCCUUCCUGGAUCCUCCAACUGCCCUAUCUUCAGCAGCAGAUCAGCACACAAAAAGGAGAAGGCAGCAGCUUCUGCCCAACUACCUCUCUCUGCUAGAAGAGCUAAGAAGAACUUGGUGGAACAGCUUCUUGGAUUCAACUGGAAGUGUUUAUAAAUACAUUCGCAUAUUAAUACAGAGGAGUCGGGGAGUCGGAAGUACAAAAAACUGUGGAGUCGGAACAUUUAUCUACCGACUCCACAGCCCUGGUGCCUCCAGCUGUUGCAAAAUUACAAUUCCUAGCAUGCCCGGACAGCCUUUGGCUCUCUGGGCAUGCUAGGAAUUGUAGUUUUGCAACAGCUGGAGGCACCCUGGUUGCUUUUUUCCCCCAAAAUGACAGCAAUGUGCAAAAUAGUCAUAUUACCAAAUUGGCGCCUAAAUCUCAGCCUGGAGCGCCCUUUUCCCUCACUCUCAGCCGUAUAUUACUAUUUAUUACCAGGUGGAGCUUCUCGCUCUGUCUCCACAAUGGCGUCCAUAGAAUCACAUUACAUAGGGUCUCACGUGGCAGCGAGAAUACCUGUCUGAUAAUGCAGAGUGAUAUGUGGCGGUAGUGGGGAGAACGGGCCAUAUUCGGGCAUUUAGGCACCACAUUUGAAAUGCAUCUCAUUUAGACCAAUGACUGUCCUGCACAGUGCUGAGAUACCCUUUAAAGAAGGCUGGAGGACAUAUUGGUGAUCAUCCAGCAGAUAUAACUAGGGCGCUGUUCUCACAUGUUGAAGCGUUGUUUGGUAAGUUGACAAAAACCCAACAGAUCCCAUUGAAGUCAGUGGGUUUGUUUGGCGAUGGGUGUCUACAUAAUCUUACCAUUAUUGACAUAAUAUCCACUGUUCUGAGC